AUGCGGAAGCGUUGUGCAUUCAGGACGCGCUGCAAUCACCCCCGCCCCCCGCGCCAGGUGCCCACCCCACCCCUCUCCACCAGCGUGCCUCUCGCUCCAACCAAACGCCUCCAGCACGGCGCAGCAAGUCCCACCCGUGCGUUCAUUACCACAUGCGACCCAACAAUUCAAGUUUGCCCUCCGCCGCACAAUCUACGCUGCCAGACUACACCGCUCCCGUAUACUGGCCACUCGAAUAAUAAAGAUGCAGAAAUUAACCCGUCCGCAAUGAAAAAGAGGAAACUAAGUGAAGCUAUCUCGUCU